GCGCCCUCCGAAGCCGCCCAGCAAAAAGCCAACGGAGCCCUCCGGCACGCGGAAUCUCCGCCGUUUAUUCCUGGGGCGACUGACUCGGGUUUUCCCAGUUCGCCUGCCCGGGUUUUAUAAGGGGGCCGUUUGACUUUGCCCUGGAAGCCAAUCGGGUCAACUCAACGUCCGAGACGAGGCUCGACUAGAAGAUCCCCAGAGACUCCCGGACAGAGCCGAGCCGGCUCUCUACCAGUCCCCCGUCUGGAGGAGAGUGGUGUUUUUCACUGCCCACAAACCGCCACCGUCACCGCCGCCCUUCCUGGACGAUUCCCCAGCUGGCUUCCCUCCCGGCAUGACGAGCUCAUUCCGGCUUCGCUUCGCCUUUUUCCACCGGCAGCAUUGCAACAUCGCACUUCGGAGCCGGAGUGGAGAUGAUGGUGCUGUAACUAUUCAGUUUUGAGCUGAUAUUACAUCAGGUGAAGAGGCAACAAAAGAAUCUCUGUAUGUUGUCAAAGUCCUCCUAUAUUCACCAAAUUUCUUUGGAAACAAGAUGACUUUUAAAAGUGAAUAUAUUGGGAUUUCAUUGAGGUGACUCUCUGGUAACUCAGAUGCGUCUAAAAUGAGCACUUUUCCUGAAAGAGAAAUGUUGAAGCCUCACAUGAGAACUUAUUUAAAAAUCCAGAUCUUUAAUUGGAAUCAUAUAUAAAGAAGUGAACCAGAAUGUAUGUUAAUUCUAGAAAAGUUAGAAAAUAUCAGUUUGUGCACAUUUUUGCCACUUGUUUUGUCCUGUGCUUCAUGUUUUUUUGGGUAGAAAUUGAUAGCCCUAGCUUUGUGGACUAUAUGAAAUCUCUCUCGUACCGAUACCUCAUAAAUAGAUAUGCUUUUGUGAAUGACAACCUAACUACUAGCAGAUUUAACAGGGUAGCAAGGCAUCGAUAUUUGAUGAAUCACGAGGAGAAAUGCCAAGGGCAAGAUGUUCUCCUCCUGAUCUUUGUAAAGACUUCACCUGAAAACUACCGCAGGAGAGAUGCAAUUCGACAAACAUGGGGUAAUGAAGACUACGCUCAUCACUAUCUGAACGCCAACAUAAAAACCUUGUUUGUUUUAGGACAAUCAAAUUUUUCACUUGGAAGUCAAAUGCAAAUGAAGCUGGAAAGGGAAGACGAGAGGCAUGCUGAUCUGAUUCAACAAGACUUUUUGGAUACUUUUUACAAUCUUACCUAUAAACUACUGUUGCAGUUCAGCUGGGCAAACAAGUUCUGCCCUCAUGCCAAGUUUGUCAUGUCAGCCGAUGAUGACAUAUUUAUCCACAUGCCAAAUCUUAUUGCGUACCUCCAAAAUCUAGCACAAAUUGGGGCUCAGGAUGUUUGGGUUGGGCAUGUCCAUCACGCAGCACCUCCCAUGAGGGAUAAAAAAAGCAAAUAUUAUGUUCCCUAUGAAAUGUACCCAUGGCCUGUCUAUCCUGACUACACAGCUGGAGCUGCAUAUGUUCUAUCCAGAGACGUAGCUGCUAAAGUAUACCGAGCCUCACAGACUCUUAAUUCAAGUUUUUACAUAGAUGAUGUUUUCAUGGGACUUUGUGCCAACAAAGUGGGAAUUGUACCACAGAAUCACCCCUUCUUUUCUGGGGGAGGAAAGGCUCCUUAUCAUCCUUGCAUUUAUGACAAAAUGAUUACUUCUCAUGGACAUGUAGAUGACCUUCAGUAUUUUUGGCAACAGAUUACAGAUCUAAAACUGAAAAACAUUUCUUCUGGAGUUUGGGGUAGUAUAUAUUGUAGAAUAGUUAAUAUUAUGCUGCUUUGCAGAUUAUAUAAUCACAAUACAUAUCUUUGUUCAGCUGCAUUUUCCUAACACUUGAAUAUCAGAAUAGAUUUACUGAGCCAGAAAUGAAGGAGGAAGUCACUUGUUUUUUCCACAACAAAUUAAAAUGAACAUAGCAAAAGUUCAAUAAAAAUGUGCCUGCAGAUUGCACAGUUCUCCAAAGGCACAUUAUAAUUAUAAAAACAAUUUUCCUGUUAUAAUAAAGUUUCCCACCAGAUAACUUUAAGAACUGGAUAGAUCUUAAAGUUAACAUUUAUACUUCUCAAUCUGGAACUAUGAAAUGGAAUUGUUGAUUAGUUGAAAAACACACAUUUUCUGAUAUGUUAAUACUUGCAGGUCACAUGGAGAAAGAUGAAGUCCUUGCUGUGACAGUAUACUAAUGCAAGAGCACUUUUCCCACACACAAACACAGAUCUAUCACUUCUAAGCAUGUUAGCUUUACAGCUUUAUUAUGUGAUCACUCAAGAUGAAUUAAAAAAAAACCACCCUGAUCCUAUGCAAGUGGUGCUAUCGUUGACAUUAAAUACUUCUAAUGAAUUUUGCAAAGCUGUUGUCUUACAUUUCAUAGUUCUAAGUUGCACACUAAAACAAACAGCCUAAAAUUGAAGGCCCUGCCUCAGUGCUCCAAUCUACAAGGCCCCAUUUGAUUUAUUCAGUUGGUGUUCACUGCAAUUGUGAUAUCUCUCCAAUGAUUCCCAUUAAGCAAGAUAUAUUUUUAAGAGAUUAAUACGGAAGGUACACUCUAGGAACAGAAAUAUGAGCCCUGCAGAGCACUCUUAAAAUGUUAAAUAUUUAAUUCCAUUUUUUUUCUUUCAAAAAUUAUGAAAUCGGCAUAUACAUGAUUAGGCAGCAUAAAUAUAUUUAAAAAGAAAUUAACUGUUUACAUCCAAUCUGUGCCAGUUUCAUAAAAUAGUUUUCUCUUAAUCAGAGUUCCAGGGAUUUUACCAUUUGUACUCUUUCAACUGACAACUUCUCCCAUUCUGCAUUUCUUAGUAUGUGUAAAAUAAGCACAUCUUCCAUUUCCAGAAUGGGAUGAAACAGGGUUAUGUAGUCUGCAUGCCUCUAGGCAGUCAUUUCUGUCAAAGCAUCUGCUUUACUGGUUUCUCUCCUCCCUAUUUACUGAGUUUUGACGUUGAAAUUAAGACAAAUGUAAUAUCGAUUUUAUUGGGGUGAGAAUUCUGUUUCUGUAACCAAUUUCAAAAUAAUAUAAAGCUAACAACUACUGAUAGACAGACCAUAGACACAAAAUGCUUGAAUGGCCUCAUCUUGUCCUCAAGCAAACAAUUGACUUGUCUGUUGUGUCAGAUAAAAUUAAAUGCUUAUGUUUUUUUUUGUUUAUAGCAGGUUUGUUAUGUUGAAAAAGUAUUAGCUAGUUGUUAAAGAAUAAAGUUGUAGAUUGUUUAGCACAGAGAAGAAUGAUUAAUUAUUUAAAUAUUUUAUGAAAGCAUCCUUUUUUCCUUUAAGGCUCUUAAGCUUGGGGAUCUGAACAUUAUCUUUAAAAAAAUUUAAGAGGAAAUUCUUAGGUUUACUAGUGUUCUAGAUGCAGGGCUGUAAUACUAUUUUUUUCUUGACUUCACAAGUACUUGCAUCAGCCUGAACUGUCACUCAAACUAUGUAUUGUUACACGAUUGUUAUACUAGUUUUUACCUGUUUGGUUUGAAGCGAUUUGCUUAAAAAAAAUAUCUAAGGGCAGCAAUUAUUUAUUCAUGACACUUUGUUCUGAGCAGUGUUUUAUAAAAUAUCUUUUUUCAAUAAACAUGUUGUGUAUUUUGUAAAUGUUCUCUUGUAAUUUUUCCACAAUGACAUUUGCUUCUUGUAAAAUAGAACAUUUGGAAUAGAUUACUUGUUUCUUUUUGAGAUUGCAAUUCCAAUAAUUGUCAACAAGAUUUUGCCUCCUGUUUUAGGUGGGACAUUUAAACUGUCUGCACAUAACAUGCUAAGUUAAAAAAUCAGUUAACAAGUACACACUGUGAUUUUACCUCCAUUGCAGGCAACUUUAACUGUGUUUCUUGGCACAUUAUUUCAGCCACAAAUUUGGUUUCUGGAAACCAGGACAUAUCUCUGAAAACAGCCUGAUUUUAACAAAAGGCCUGAUUUAAUCUCAAUAGCCUGAAAUAUUGAUAGGAAUUGCUGAUAGCAAUUUUGCAUGUACUAAGUAUUUUACUUCUCUUGUGGCAGCAAUAGAAAUCUGUAUUCUCUACAAGAUAAAAACCUUUCCAUGGUUAUUCAAAUACUGAAUGUUACUGUUAUUUUUUAAAAUGUGUACCUUAAAUAUGCUUGUGCUCAAACAUAUUAAACUG